AUGAUUGGACAAAACGUCGACGGCGCCAUCAUGGAGAGCACGGAGGGCCAUCGCCUGCCACCGGCGCCGGCGCUCAAGGAGGCCGACGAGUACGAAGCCAGCACGAAGGCCAUGAACAACUUCAACCAGGCGCUCAAGCGGCUCAGCGACAACCUCGAGGAGAUGACGCAGUCCAUCGAGCAGACCAACACGAUCACAUCGGCGUGGCUGAGCCUCUGGCACAGCAAGUAGCCCUUUCUUGUCAAUGCACGUCUACACUAA